UUGGUUGAAAGCUAAUGAAUAUCCAUGGAAGUGAAUUAAUAUUGAAAAAUCUGCUAACAUCCAUACGUCACAGGUAUUACCGAAUGCUAAUUGGUGUCUGAAAACAAUUAAAACGAGCAUCGAUAAAAUAACCGUUCAAAAUCGCUUGUUAUAAUCAAUGCCGGCGUUUUAACUUCAACCAUAACCGUUACCCAUUGUUGGUAAUUAUAAAAGGCAAAUCUCGUGCGUUCGUCCGUUCGUUCGUAAAUUUAAUUACUCAUUCGCAAGAGUGUUGAGCGCAAAACAAAUCGAGCGCUCUUUCACUUUGUUGCAGUGUGAAGUACGCGAGUAGGCAGUGUUAUAACAUCACCUCACUGCUAAAACAAAAACAUCAACAACGGCUCCCUCCAACGCUUAUGACAUAAUGCGCGAGGACGACAUAGAAAUCGCCAUCAAGGUGGUGAUUGUGGGCAAUGGCGGUGUGGGGAAAUCAUCGAUGAUUCAACGCUACUGCAAAGGCAUUUUCACUAAGGAUUAUAAAAAGACGAUUGGCGUGGACUUUCUGGAACGACAAAUCGAAAUCGACGGCGAGGACGUGCGCAUAAUGCUGUGGGAUACUGCCGGCCAAGAGGAGUUCGACGCCAUAACCAAAGCUUACUAUCGCGGUGCACAGGCGUGCGUGCUAACCUUUAGCACGACAGAUCGCGCCUCCUUCGAGGCAAUCAGGGAUUGGAAGCGCAAAGUGGAAAACGAAUGCAAUGAGAUACCAACGGUGAUUGUGCAAAACAAAAUUGAUCUUAUUGAACAGUCGGUUGUGAGCGCAGAUGAGGUGGAAACUUUGGCGCGUCAAUUAAAUUGCCGUCUCAUACGUACUUCCGUGAAGGAAGAUGUGAAUGUGGCCUCCGUCUUCCGGUAUUUGGCGACAAAAUGUCAUCAGUUGAUGCUCAGCGAAAGCACUGAACCGACAAAUGCCCAUACAGGUGGAAGUGGUGGUGGCAUGGGGGCCGGCUUAAAUGGCGCUUCAAGCGGUCAUCAGCCCACAAUUAGUGCCUUCAGUCCGACAUUUACGAAAAACAAUAGCGGCACAAUUGUGUUGCGCGCUGCCAAAAAAAGUUCAGCGGCGCGAAAACGUAAAAUUGUGCUGAAAAAAUGUGGCAUUUUGUGAUUUGCGUGACAACGACUGGCGCGGACGACGGACUACAGGUGAUGGACGAGUGGUGGAGGAUUACAUGUUGCUGAGCUGCGGGCACGAAUUCGAUGUAUAAUGGAAUUGUUGAUGCAGUAUCCCACGGCUCGGCGGUAAUUGAACUCAACCAACAUAUGCUAAACCUUUUUGAACUGCUAGACUGAUAUAAAUACAUACAUACAUACAUAUACGGUAAAUAGACGUACACACAUACAUAUGUAAAUAUUUACAUACAGUACACACACCUGGAAAAUAAUGAACUAAUUUUAAUGGAAAUUUGCAUGAUGAUCUUUGAAUUAA